AGUUAAUAAAGUUCAAAUUGGAUUUAUAUUACUACAUAGGUAUAAAUUAUUAUACAUAUAUCAAUGGGAUAGGAGACUAGAGUAGUUGACUAGUUCUCCGACUUUCAAAGGUUGAUUCUCACCACUCAUUAUAGGAGAAGAUUUUCCUCGGAAAAAAAAAUCAUAUAAACAUCAUACCAAUAAGAUAAUUCUAAUAUGUUAAGAAAUCAUUUGCAUUAUCAAUUUAUUACUGUCAAUUGUUACAACAUAUAAUCACUUACCAAACGGACCGUUAGCAGUUUCUCCGUACCAAAAAAAAAAAAAAAUUAAAAGUUGAACAUCUCAUGGGUGGGUUGUAAACAUCCUUCAUUCUUUACCGGGUGUUUGCCAGCCUUUUGUCCCUCUUUGCAUUCUCUUCACAUACAAACCCAAUUGUCACAUCAUUUCUCGAAUGUAAUUAAUAAUGGCGGAACCCUAAAUUAAUUAAUUGUAUUAAUAACGCUUACCCAUAAUUCUUUAACGUUCUUUUCAAUAAAGGCGUGGGGUCUCCUCUAUUCAAUUCCCAUUCCUCAAAUUUCCUCUUUUGAUUUAAAUAAACCCAACAAUUAAAACCCAUUUUUAUUUUUCAGAAUUUGGGUUGGAGGUUUUAGAAUUUGUAUUAAAAGACCCAGAUUUCAAUUGGGUUUUUUCAGAAAGUUGCACAUUUUGGUAAGAAUUGAGAAGAGAGAGAAAGUAUGGCGUCGAAUAUUGGAAUGAUGGACAGUGCAUAUUUUGUGGGGAGGAAUGAGAUUUUGCAAUGGAUUAAUAACAGCCUUCAACUUAAUCUCUCUAGAAUUGAAGAGGCUGCAUCUGGCGCAGUGCAAUGUCAAAUGAUGGACAUGAUAUAUCCAGGAGUUGUUCCCAUGCACAAGGUGAACUUUGAUGGCAAGACAGAAUAUGAUUAUAUCCAGAAUUAUAAGAUUUUGCAAGAUGUUUUCAGCAAGUUAAAAAUUGAUAAGCAUAUUGACGUUAAUAAGCUUGUAAAAGCUCGAACUUUGGACAAUCUGGAGUUUCUGCAGUGGUUGAAGCGCUAUUGUGAUUCCAUCAAUGGUGGAAUGAUGAAUGAGAACUAUGACCCAGUAGAGCGAAGAUGUAAGGGUGGUAAUCGACCUUUGAGGACAACACAGAAGAAUUCAAAGUCUUUGCAGGGAAACAAUUUGCCUAAUUCUGGAUCUGGUGAUAGAGUUGGUCCUAGAAAAACUGCUGGCCUCAAACAAGGGAAGGCUCCCUCCCCUCCUGGUGAGGUUGACUAUUCAGAAGAAGUUCAGAAUUUGACUCAGGAGGUUACUGAUCUAAAGCUUUCAGCGGACCUGUUGGAAAAAGAACGAGACUUCUACUUUGGAAAAUUGAGGGAUAUUGAAAUGCUUUGUCAGGCUUCUGAAGUGGAUACUCUGCCGUUGGCUGUUGCGAUUAAGAAAAUACUGUACUCUGCCGAUGAGAACGAAUCUGCGUUUUCUGAAGCUCAGCAACUUCUGUCAGCAUCCCAUGAUUCUUGUGUAGCUGAUCUCAAGGAUGACAAUUAGAGUGCAGACUGAUGUGCUGUAGGUGGUGGAACAUUAACAAAGAUAACUCGGUUAUUCAAAUGGCGCAAGAGUUCUGAAGACAUGUCCAGAUAUAUCUAUCCUUUAUUAUAACUAUGUAAUUUAUUAGGGAAACUUGAACUUUAGUUUCCCGUCAAAAAGCUCUUGUACUAGUUUAACCUUGACCAAAAUUAUUUUUAAUUGUCUAUUAGUAAAACUUAUUACGGAGUAUAAAAUUUUGAUAUUAUGAAAAUAGGCAAUAAAUUACUCAAAUUUUAGGC